CUGUCUGUCCCCGCCCGGCUCGGCACGCUCCAAGAUGGCAGCUCCCACAGUGCGGCGCGGGGCGCUCCUGGCGCGGAAACUGGCUCUGUCUCAUCUCUCCCCGGCAGGUAAAAGAUGCCUGCUUUCUGCAGCAUAUGUGGACAGCCAGAAAUGGGAAGCAAGAGAGAAAGAGCACUGUCACCUUGCUGAUCUCGCAUCUUUAAUGGAUAAAACAUAUGAGAGAAAGUUGCCUGUUAGUUCUUUAACAAUAUCACGGUUUGUGGACAAUAUUUCAUCUCGAGAAGAAAUCGACCAUGCAGAAUAUUAUCUUUACAAAUUUCGACAUAGCCCCAACUGCUGGUACCUGAGAGACUGGACUAUCCAUGCUUGGAUUAGGCAGUGUCUCAAAUACGAUGCACAAGACAAAGCCUUAUAUACCCUUAUAAACAAGGUUCAAUAUGGAAUUUUCCCAGAUAACUUUACAUUCAAUUUACUGAUGGAUUCUUUUAUAAAGAAAGAAAAUUACAAAGAUGCAUUAUCUGUGGUUUUUGAGAUUAUGAUGCAAGAAGCCUUUGACAUGCCUUCUACCCAGCUUCUCUCCCUCCAUGUUUUAUACCAUUGUCUGGCAAAGAAGACAGACUUAAGUUGGGAAGAGGAGCGAAACUUUGGUGCAUCCCUGUUACUUCCAGGCCUAAAGCAAAAGAACACAGUGGGUUUGAGUUCCCAGUUGUAUGGCUAUGCACUUCUUGGAAAGGUAGAAUUGCAGAAAGGGCUGCGAGCCGUGUACCACAACAUGCCUCUGAUAUGGAAGCCAGGCUACCUUGACCGAGCCCUUGGAGUGAUGGAGACAGUGGCCUCCUCCCCAGAAGACGUCAAGCUAUGUGGAGAAGCGCUCAGUGUACUGGAUGUAGUGCUGAAGGCUCUGACUUCUCCAGCCGAUGAGGAACAGUCCCCAGAAGGUGAAGACAGCCAGGGGCCAGAAACACUGGUGGAGCAAUUAGACAUAGAGGAAACAGAACAGUCCAAGCUUCCACAGUACCUGGAACGAUUUAAGGCCCUGCAUUCUAAGCUUCAGACUCUGGGCAGAGUUGAGUCGGAAAGCCUUUUGACUUUGACCACUGAACUUCUCGCGGAGAAGCUCCCUGCCUGUGAAGCAGAGGAUAUCGCCACCUAUGAGCAGAAACUGCAGCAGUGGCAUCUGGAGCGGGUGCAGCUGAUUCAGAGGGAACAAGAGCAGAGAGAGAGGGCGAAGCAGGAGCACCAGGCUCGGGAAGCAGCAAAAGUUUCUGCCUAACAGGCCCCCAGACCCAGCACCUCCCAGAAGAACUCCUUGACUUGGGCCACAACCUCCUGAGCUUCCUCCACCCGUCUUCUCCUUUUCUGAAAGCAGGCCACAUGUGUGGGAGCCUGCCCAUUCAGGUGCCAAAAAGGGCCGUGGAACGACAGAACUGGCAAGUAUUGACCUAGAGCCACCAGCUACUACCUUAAAAGGGCUCUGAGGCUUGUGGUCGAGAUCCUGGGGCCGGGGAUUGAUUUCAGCCGUUCAGAGUCCGCGAGAGAACCUGAGGCUGCAGAGUCUGGUGGUCAAGCACAGGCUUUUGCGUGGUCUCACCCUCCUCAGCCCAAGCCCACACAUGUUCUGAGACCACGUGGCCUUGAGUCUCUGUGCAGGCAGCACCGAGUUGGGUGUGGCACAUUCACGCAUUCCCACUUUCUCCUUUCCACUGGGUCUCAGCCUUUCACACCUGCACCAGGAGAAGUUCAGGACUGGAGCAACCUCCAUACCAUGAGCCCCCAGCUUUCAUGUUUCGGGCACCCACAGGGACAUUUUUGGAAUGUAAGGAGUUUUGAGCAGAAAGCUAGCCUUAGCUGUGAAGCCACCUCAGCUCAGCUUGUUGAUUAUGUGCCGGUAACUUUCUUCCCCAAGCAUCGUCUCAGCUCCUUUAUCCAGGAGGUGUAGUGAGCCUGUUGUGUAUACACCCACGCACACACAACUUGUGAACACAUCUGGUUACAGAAGUUGAAGAAAAUGAAAAAAGGGAUGGAGUUUAAAGUGCGCAGGAGAUGCGAACAUUGUCAAACUGUCAGGAGAUGAAAAAUUCCUUUCCCAAGUUUCUCCUCUGUGAGACGGGAGCUUUUACUUGUUACGUAAUAUUGCCUUUACAUACGGUGGUGUAUUUUUAUUCAGGAUCGAAUGUGCGCUCUUAUCAAGAACCUGUGGAAUAAACAUUCUGGGAUUAUC